AUGUUCAGGGGGGUCAAGGUUUCUCAUGGUGGUGUGUUUUCAAGGUUGUUGAAUGAACGAAUUGCUAAGGGUGGAGCUGGGGUGGUUGGGAUGAGGAAGUUUGCAAGUGGGGCUGGCGGAGAUACAUUCCUUUCUACUACGAAUGCAGCAUAUAUUGAUGAGAUGUUUGCAGUGUGGCAGAAGGACCCCAGUUCGGUGCAUGUUUCCUGGGAUGCUUAUUUUAAGAAUAUGUCGAAUACGAAUAUACCGGCUUCGUCGGCAUUUGUAGCUCCUCCAACGUUGGUGCCUACUCCAACGGGUCCUGGUCUUCCACAAGAAAUGACGUUUGAGACGGCUGGGAUGGGGUCUAAGGUUGAUCAGAGUAUUUUGGUGCAUCUGAAGGUGCAGUUGCUUUGUCGGGCGUAUCAAGUGCGUGGACACCAGAAGGCGCAUAUAGAUCCUUUGCAGAUUUCUUUUGGGGAUGACAAGAGUAAGCCGCUGCCACGCGAGUUGACUUUGGAGCAUUAUGGCUUCACUGAGAAAGAUUUGGACCAUGAGAUUACUUUAGGUCCAGGGAUUUUGCCUCGUUUUGCCAAAGAGGGCAAGAAGAGUAUGAAGUUGAGAGAGAUUAUCGAAGCCUUGGAGAAGCUUUAUUGUUCUGGUUAUGGUGUGGAGUAUAUUCAUAUCCCUUCAAGAGAACAAUGUGAAUGGCUAAGAGAGAGAGUUGAAAUCCCUAAACCUUACAGUUAUUCUAUUGAGGAAAAGAAACAAAUCUUUGACAGAUUGACUUGGUCCACGUCCUUCGAGAGUUUCCUAUCCACAAAAUUUCCAAAUGAUAAAAGGUUCGGUCUUGAAGGUUUGGAAGCGGUUGUUCCUGGUGUAAAGAUGUUAAUAGAUCGCUCGGUUGAGCUUGGGGUGGAGGAUGUUGUUCUUGGUAUGGCUCAUCGUGGUAGAUUGAAUGUCUUGUCCAACGUUGUCCGGAAGUCUAACGAAUCUAUUUUCUCUGAAUUCCAGGGAUCUUUUACGCCAUCGGAGUACGAAGGUUCUGGAGAUGUGAAGUAUCAUUUGGGUAUGAACUAUCAGAGACCAACGGUAUCUGGUAAACAUGUGAAUUUGUCUCUGGUUGCAAACCCUUCUCAUUUGGAAGCACAAUAUCCAGUUGUUUUGGGUAGGGUGAGAGCCAUUCAACAUUCUAAGAAGGAUAUCGGUACCUACAGCAAGGCAAUGGGUGUAUUGUUACAUGGUGAUGCUGCCUUUGCUGCGCAGGGUGUUGUGUAUGAAUCUAUUGGGUUCCAGCAUUUGCCUGCGUACUCCACUGGUGGUACUAUCCAUGUAAUUACCAAUAAUCAAAUCGGUUUUACCACUGAUCCAAGAUUUGCGAGAUCCACACCUUACCCAUCUGAUAUUGCCAAGGCCAUUGAUGCCCCAAUCUUCCAUGUUAAUGCUAAUGAUAUUGAGGCGGUGAUAUUUAUUUUUAAUUUAGCCGCGGAAUGGAGAGCAACUUUCCAUACAGAUGCUAUUAUUGACGUUGUUGGAUGGAGGAAACAUGGUCAUAAUGAAACAGAUCAGCCAUCCUUCACUCAGCCCCUAAUGUACAAAAGAGUUGCCAAACAACAGUCUGUAAUGGAUACUUACUCUGAGAGAUUAUUGUCCGAAGGCUCAAUGACCAAAAAGGAGAUUGAUGACCAUAAAAAGUGGGUUUGGGGUUUAUUUGAAGAAGCGUUUGAAAAGGCCAAAGACUAUAAACCUACAUCUAGGGAAUGGUUAACUGCUGCUUGGGAGGACUUCAAAUCUCCAAAAGAGUUGGCAACUGAAAUUUUACCCCACAAUCCAACUAACGUUGAUGGGAAGAUAUUGAAAAAGAUUGGUAAGGUUAUUUCGAGCUGGCCAAAAGAUUUUGAAGUCCACAAAAACUUGAAGAGAAUUUUAACUUCUAGAGGGAAAGCUAUUGAUGGCGAAAAGGGUAUUGACUGGUCCACUGGUGAGGCGUUGGCGUUUGGAACAAUGUUAUUAGAUGGUUAUGAUAUUAGAGUGUCUGGUGAAGAUGUUGAAAGAGGCACCUUCUCCCAAAGGCACGCUGUUUUACACGACCAAAACUCUGAAAAUACUUAUACCCCACUUCAGCACAUUUCGAAGGAUCAAGCUGACUUCACUAUCUGCAACUCCUCCUUAUCUGAAUAUGGCUGUAUGGGUUUUGAAUACGGUUAUUCGUUGACCUCUCCGGAUUACUUUGUCAUGUGGGAAGCUCAGUUCGGUGACUUUGCAAAUACAGCACAAGUCAUCAUUGACCAGUUCAUUGCUGGGGCUGAAACUAAAUGGAAGCAACGUUCUGGGUUGGUUUUGUCUUUGCCACAUGGCUACGAUGGUCAAGGACCUGAACAUUCAAGUGGCCGUUUGGAAAGAUUCUUGCAAUUGACUAAUGAAGACCCAAGAUAUUUCCCUACUGAAGAAAAAUCUCAAAGAGAACAUCAGGAUUGUAACUUCCAAGUGGCUUACCCAACCACUCCAGCUAAUUUGUUCCAUAUUCUAAGAAGACAGCAGCAUCGUCAAUUCCGUAAGCCAUUGGCGUUAUUCUUCUCCAAACAAUUGUUACGUCACCCAUUGGCCAGAUCUGACUUGUCAGAAUUUACCGAUGGGGGCUUCCAAUGGAUCAUCGAAGAUGCAGAGCACGGUAAAACAAUCGGUACCAAAGAGGAAACGAAGAGAUUGGUGUUGCUCACUGGUCAAGUGUUCACAGCCCUUCAUAAAAAACGUGAGACGAUUGGUGACAGAACUACUGCAUUUUUGAAGAUCGAACAGUUACAUCCAUUCCCAUUCUACCAGUUGCGUGACAUCUUAAACUCCUAUCCAAACCUAGAAGACAUCGUCUGGUGUCAAGAAGAGCCUUUCAAUAUGGGUUCCUGGGCGUUUGUUUCUCCAAGAAUACAGACUACCUUGAAAGAAACUGACAAAUACUCCAACUUCGAGGUGAGAUACGCCGGCAGAAAUCCAAAUGGAGCAGUCGCUGCGGGUUCCAAAGCUCUACAUAAUGCUGAAGAACAAGCUUUCUUGAAGGAUGUCUUUGGCCAAUGA